UUUUAGCUGUCAGUCGUGCACUUAACACAGUUAGGAUGGUCAUAUAUUUAAACUACGCUCUGCUGUUUGCAUACUUGACUUUGCCUGGAAUGUUACUUGGAGAUUUGGCUUUCAGAUGUCCGAGCUGCACCGCUGAGCGUCAAGCAGCUUGCCCCAAAGUCACAGCACUAUGUACAGAGAUCGUGAGGGAGCCGGUCUGCGGCUGCUGCCCGGUGUGCGCCAGGCAAGAAGGCGAGCUCUGCGGGGUCUACUCCCCGAGGUGCUCAGGCGGCCUGAGGUGCUACCCGAGUGUGGAGAAUGACUUUCCUUUGCAGCAGCUCAUACAUGGUUUAGGACGAUGUGGACAGAAAGUGGAUUUGGAUGUCACAACUGUUCUGGAUGCUACAAAUGAGGUGCACGGGACCGAGAAUCCGCUCACCAAAAGACCUGCCAUAGAUGCUUGGUUUUGGCAUGAGUCGGCCAGGAAACAACACCAGAACGAGCGCAACGCUAAGAUGAAGAUAAAUCAACCCGAGGUUUUACGGAUCCCGAAAGCGCCUCAGAGCGCCUGUCAGCAGGAGCUGGACGAAGUCUUAGAGGAGAUCUCCAAAAUGACCUCAGAGGAUAACAGAGGCCCGCUGGAGAACCUGUACGAGCUCAAAUUUCCAAACUGUGACAAACAUGGACUGUACAACCUCAAACAGUGCAACAUGUCCACCCAUGGCCAGCGGGGCGAGUGCUGGUGUGUUAACCCCUUGACCGGGGUCCAGAUUCCAGCAACGCCCAAAGUCAGAGGGGACCCCAACUGUAACCAGUUUCACGAGGAGCUCAGGGUGAUGCCCACCACAGCAGCGUCAGAAUAA